AUGGGAUCUUGCAUGUCCGCCGGGGAGGGGAGCAGAGUCGUCAACGUGGCGCCGACGGCGAAGGUGAUCGGCCUGAGCGGCGAUCUGAGGGAGUACUCCUCGCCUAUCAGCGUCGCCGAGGCCCUCGCAAAGGACCGCGCCGCCGCCUGCUUCCUCUGCAGCUCCGACAAGCUGUACUGCAACGACAACAUCCCGGCCGUCGACCCGGAGGAGCCCCUCCAGCUGGGGCAGAUCUACUUCGUCCUCCCCCUCGAGAAGCUCAGGGAGGCGCUGUCGCAGGGCGACAUGGCGGCGCUCGCCGUCAAGGCCAUAUCCGCGCUGGCGGCGGCGGCGGAGGCCGACGGCCGGAGGCGGAAGAUCAGAGUGGUGGCGCCGCCGGAGGGCGGCUGGGGGGAGGAGAAUGAACAGGAGGAGAUAAACGGAUUCGCCGGAAAGAAUGUCCGGCGGCCGCCGCCGCUCGCCAUCCAGCGGAAGAUGAAGAGGAGCGGAUCCUUGAAGGGGAAGACUUCCUCUUACCGCCGGCAAAGGUCUUCCCGGGUGCGGCUCGGCACCAUCCCGGAGUUCGUCUCAGAGUAG